AUGGCAGCCCCCUCCAUGAAGGAGAGGCAGUUCUGCUGGGGAGCCUGUAGCCACUACUGGCAGUGCUUGGACGAGAAGGCCAGGGACGUAUACCACUGCCAGAAGCUGAGAAGGUCCUUCAAGUCCAGCUGUCCUCAGCAAUGGUUAAAGUAUUUUGAUAAAAGAAGAGACUACUUAAAUUUCAAGGGAAAAUUUGAAGCAGGACUAGUCCAGCCUUCAGAGUCAACUGCAAAUUCCCAGGCUGUUCUUGAACUUUUAGCAAAGGCUGAAAUUCUUUUCGGACAUUCAGAAUGCUCCAUUAGUUCUGGGACAGUAUUUGAAUCAUGA